CAUGAUGAUGAUGAUGAUGUUUACAUUCGGUUUGGCUGCCGCGUCCUGGGGUGCAGUGGUGGUUCUCUCGAUUGUUUCUCCCAGUGCCUGAUGAGCCAGCUGAACGAAACCAUUCCAUCCUCACCAUAGUGGAACAAACAAUCGGCAGAAUGGCAGCAUCAGAAGGGUCAGGUGUAGAAGCCCUCACAGUUUCCUUGAAUUCCCUUCAUUCCUUGAGGAGUGUUGUCACCCAAUUUCUUCAGACAAUUGCUGAUGGCCCCAAGUAUGAAAAUGAUCAAGAUGGAGAAGGUGACUUACAAGAGGUGGCUGUCAAGGCUAUGGGAGAUAUACGAAAUAAACUGAGAGAGCUGGAAACACAAGUCGCAGGGCUCACUUCAUCUACAAUUCCAGUGAAUUUAGGAAACACUGGCUUGCUGUCUCUAGAUCCAUCACCUGACAAACUACCUCAGUAUUACCAGUUGCUUGACUGUUAUACAUAUAUGGAAAAGGUUCACAGUUACUCUGCAACACUUCAUAGUGUCCUGUCAGCGAAUAACCUGAAGAGGUCAUCUGUAUCUCUAUCAGCCAAGAGGAGACGUCCUAUUCAACUGAACCACAAUGUACCUCACCAGCAGGUGGACAUAUUAAUUCAAGGAAUAAACCAAAUGUUCCAAGAUAUGAACCUCACCUUGUCAAGGCCUUUUGGUAACAAUGCUGUUGUUCAGGUUGUUUUAGGACGUGUUCUGAAGGCAGUUGUAACCUUUAAGGGCAUACUGAUCGAGUGGGUUGUUGUGCGUGCCCACAAUGAACCCCUAUUAGAUGAGGAGGGUAAGGUUGACUUGUACACUCCAUCUCAGUACAAAGUGUUCCAGAAGGUUACAGAUAAUGCAAAUGCUGCUAUGUUGAACUUCUGCUCUCCAGGAUUCUCAGAUCUGUCAGUUCGAUCAUUUUUUACUUGGCUGCAUAGUUUUGUCUCACUGUUCACUGAUGUCUGCAAAAAAUGCAGCUAUCAUCUGCACAACCAUAUGCCCCCAACAUGGAGGGAGUUUCGGACUCUGGAUCCCUUUCAUGAGGAAUGCAAGCCUUGAGGCUUUUUUAUGAAAAGUUCUACUGCAGUACCCAUCAUCUGAUGAGAGAAAAUAGCUAAAUGAUAAUUGCUAGGAUCCAAUUAAAGAAAUUAAGUUUGUCCUUUAAAUUGCUUUGUAUAUUUUGAAAUACCAGUAAGUUUCUCAUCGACUUGUAUAGAACUUAAAUACAUACAUCAUACAUUA